AUGUAAUAACGAGUGCCAUAAUUCAAUGAGGAGAGACUCGAGGAUUCCUAUUUCUAGUUAGAAUUGAAGAGAACAACCGAUUAAUUUAUGGAAUACAAAGGUAGAAGAAGGACAAAUGAUUACAAUUAUAUAAUAAGAAGAUUCACAACACACGAAAUCAACAAUGAGAGAUUUUUGAUGCUAAGGAAAAUUAAGUUGUAUAACUUAUUGCCUGUGUUGGAUUUGUAUUUGCCAGAAAAUUCAUUGGUUGGUCCAGAUUACUAGGAAUACUCAUUGUAGAACAAUUUAGAGCAUAUGAAUUCAGACGAGAAAAUAUACGUGGCUUCGUUGGUGGCAAUAACAUUGCAGGAAUUGUGUAAGAGACAACUACCAUUCUUGAUUACACCAGAGAAAGUCAUUAUUAUUGGUUCUCACGUUUGUCUUUAAUAAAUUGACUUCGAAUUCAAUAGAGUCAUCACUCCUGAUGAAUCUUUUUUUAGUUUCAUAGAAUUAGUUUCCAACAUGGGAUUAGAGUGUUAAGGCUCUGACUUUUAAGAAAUCAUCGAUUAUCUCUUAGAAUUACAGGAUGUGAACAUAGGUCUCACUGAAGAUCUGCCCUAUGUGGAAUUUUUAUAAAAAAUCUUUUCAUUUACAAAUGAUUUAAGUAUAGUUGAUGAAAAAGCCAAUUCAUUCGUUUAUGUGUUCGACACUCCUGAUUUCUUGAAGACCAUCCCUGGAAUCAGCAACAGGACUGUAAUGAAAUCUGCAAAAUUAGACAUUGCAGAUAACAGGGAUUAUCUCAUAUUGUGUUCUUAGAGAGAACUGGAGAUCAUGGAAAACUUUAGAAAAUAUGAACCUUUCGCUUAUUAUUUUGCUUAUUUUAGAAUUUAGGAUCAAUUGUACUUAUUCAUGGAAAUGUACCCAACUGAUUUAUAGAAGGCAUUUGAGAGUUCUGAAAUUUAUGACAGGAACAUUAAAGAUCUCUGUUGUCAAUUGGCAUUUGCUAUUCGUUAAUUACAUAGACAUCGAAUCUUGCAUAGAGAUCUAAAGCCUUCGAAUCUGUUCUUGAGUCACGAGGAUCUAGAUAGAGCUCAAUUGAAAAUUGCAGACUUUGAUCACUCUACUACCUUAGAUGAUACUCCUGAAUUCUGUAACUAAAUUCUCACUGGUCUGACGUCAUCUACUAAUUAUGAACCACCUGAGACUGGACAAUCCAAUUACACCUUUACUUCAGACAUUUGGUAGAUUGGAAUGAUAUUUUAUUAAAUAGCUAAUCAAGGAGUCUAUCCAGUGGAACAUUCUUCUCUCUUGUGGACUGAUGAAAUGUACAGAGAUGAAUGCACAUUCGAGAAGAUUUAAUAGACUUUGGCUGACAAGAAUAUCGAAGAUAACUUUAUGAGAUUAAUUGCCGAUUGUCUGUCCUUUAAUCCUUAGGAUAGACCAAAUGCUGACACUCUUAUUCUCCGUCUAGAACAAUGUUUUGAAGACUUCGGAUUUGAAAAUGAGGACACCUUACAAAGCACUCAUCAACUCAACUUAAUAGAAUCCUUUGGUCAAUUAUUGUAGAGAUCCCAACCAUUAAGAUUAACAAGAAGUGGAAAAAUAUGA